AAAUUCAACAAGUUACUGAGCAAAUGCGCAAUGUCUUGAAAUAGAAUGCUACCUUGUUAUCAGAACCUUUCUGAGGACUGAGUAAACUAAUAAAUCUUACAUGCCAGCCACUGUCGACCUCCAAGCGAAGCAAUGAGAGUGAUUGGAUAUCGACUUUAUCUGAAUCGGACUCGUACUUCGUGCACAAGAUGCGCUGUAUCGAUUCCAUAUGCAGUGUCAGAUCGGGCAGUUGGCUUUUCAUUGUUCGGUGAUCGAGGAGCUUAUCCAGAAAAAACGAAUGCUGAUUGUCAUGGUCGGUCAGGCUAUCCAGCAAUCGUGGUUCGUCCGGGGCACUGUGAUUCUGUGCACGUGUCGUCGCAGCUUCAUGGGCACACAUAAUUUUGUGCAGUACGUUGCAUGGAACAUGCUCUAUCAUUGAGCUAAAGUGUCGAAUAUACACUUUAGCCGUUUCCGACAAAAUGUGGGCUUGAGGAUGUCAGAAUAACGGGAGUGAGUAAAUCGAGACUGUGAUGCACUUUUUACACGACGACUCGUACGGAAAGAGUCUUCAGACUUCUCUUUUGACAUCAGAGAGGAGAUCUGUUGUGGAUAGACCGUUUCGGACAUUUGGACUUGCUCUGACCUGCGGAUUUGGUAUCAACAUUCUUUCAUCAGGCCAUACGUGUCGAUGCAACUAAAGAAUGUGGCUGAUUUUUCAACUGAGAGCAAAGCAGCAGUAGUAACAAACAGUGGAAGUCAGGUAUGAGCUAUUAGAGACUUCCCGUUUUACAGACAGGAUAAUAUUCUAUUGCAUUUCGUCCUAACUUAAGGAACGACCAAGAAUCGGCCGAAUCACUGCCAGCAUGAUAUACCAUACUCUCUAGUCAGCUUCGAUUCUCGAAGAAAUGCAUUGGUCACUCAUCGUGGGCUGGUUAAGCUCGUCCGAAGAAGUGGAGUUGGAGUGAGAUUCAUAUUGAAUCACAACAAGUAUCGAUACUAACUAAAAUUGCAGGUCUGAUAAAGGGGAUGCAUGCAUCCAACUGCGACAGACGAUUUUUUUCUCUACAUACUGGAUAUCGCUGAAAUCUGUAUUUCUAAUUAUGUCUCUGUGACUUACCUCGAGCGAGAGAAAAAAUGUGCGAGCAGUAACAUAACACAAUAAAAUCAAUCGCACUGGAUUUUUGGAAACUGAACAGGGUACGAAUCUGGAGUGAAAAACUGCGCUGCGGGGUUUGCGGCCGAGAAUCUUCACCGAUGAUCUCCUCUUGGUGUUAUGAAGCUUCCACUAAACUCUCGAUCUGAGAAUUGCAAUUAUAAUGUGCAUAUGACAGAUGGUUUGAAGUCGAUCCUGAUAUUGAAAGAAAUGUAUCAAAGGGCAAUCAAGGAAACCUGAGAAAUAUACAGAGUCCAGACUCCGUGGCCAAAAUGAGCAGCGUUGG